UUUUAUCAAAUGUAUUUGACAGGGACAAUCUACUGUAUUUCUGUAAAUGUGCCAGAUUUAGCCAGCUGGCUUUGUGAUGUAACAAAGGUAGCUGAUGAUGUAAUGAAAACAGACAGUUAAAUAUGUGUGUGUAGAACUGUUGCACAUUUGCUCUGGAAAUGAGGACCAAACCUACUCGUCAAAAGGAGUGAAUUGCACCUCCAAUUGAAGUCAAUAAUAAGUUUGAGAGAUCAUCCCGGGCUUUGCCCCGUCUGCUGUAGCUGAGAUGUCCCUGGAGGACAUAGAACAACAAGACUAUGAUGUUUCUGACACUGAGAGAGUCAGAGCCUUGUCCCAGUCUCUAGACCUGCCUGUCUGUGUGAUGGAUGACCACCUGACCUCUGAAGCUGUCAAUGAGAUGGAGCAGAGCAAUUCUACCAGGAGUAGAGCAACCUCAGUGAUGGAAACUACAGAAGAGGGGAAGCUCAACAAUGUGGAACAUCUGACACUUAUGGACUUCCUUCAAAACCUAACUGAGAAGCAAUGGAGGGGGAUUCGUGAGGGCAUGUUUGACCCGCUGACAAAACAACAGCUUGCCGGCUUGUGUCUGAGGAUUGUCCAGUUUUUAUCGGACAAGCUGAUGCAGAUCAUCAUCCCAGGUCUUUACGAACUACUGGGCAUCCAAGAUGCUGCCUCCUCUCCAUUGUCACAGAGAUCUCUCACAGCGUCACUCACCAGUCUGUUAGACGAUAAGACUAACACCAAGUCCCGCGUAAGAUUUACUGAGGCUGGUGUACCUAAGAGGCCAGGCAGUCGAAAGUCUUACAAUAGCUUUCGCAUCCCGACUCCCUACCCUUCCUCCAACUGUAUGGAGCAGGAAGAGGAAGAAGAGCAGGAAUCACAACUUAAGUUCAAGGAGAUUUACCUGACUAAGGGCAGUGGAAGCUACCUGCCCAAGGGGGCAUGA